CUCUCUCUCUCUCUCUCUGUUUUUCUUCUGGGUUUUGAGAUCUCUUUGAUUCAAGACUGCCCAAAAAUAGAAUCUUUAAUAAUUUCAUUUUUUUUCCUUCGCUGAAUUCAAGGCUAACUGUUCGAAACUUGCCUUACUAUAAACUGAAAAUCAAUCAUCCCACAUGAACUUCGCCUUCACCUCAAUCUCUGCCACAGCCACAGCCGCAGCCCACAUAAAUAAUGUCGUGGGCAGAGCAGCAAACAGAGAAGAGAUGUAAAAUCAGAAAGCGAAAGGGCCCGUGGUCGUCGUCUUCUUCUUAUUCGAGUUUGGUCCGCAAGUACAGAUUCAAGAAAUCCCCCACGUGGAAAAUGAGUACAAAAUCCCAUUCUUCCGCCGGAAAAGGUGUGAAAUUGAAGAACAACAACAAUUCAGAUGCUGUUGAACUUGAAGAUAAGAAGGAGCUGAUCAAAACCGGGGAAAUGGUUUCUCAGAUCUCGCAUUCGUGUUUAUCAGAUCCGGAUCCGAAUUUCAACAACACCAAAUCUGAGAAAGUCGAGGGUGGCAGUGGGAGAGUACAGAGAAGAAGAAGAUCGGCAUGUUCUUUGAGGAUUGGGAUUGGUGAGAUUGAAGUGGGUGGUUCCAAUUUUCGGGGCAACGAUUGUUUAAUGGAGAUCGAAAAUCGUAGCGAGGUAAAAACGACACGUCGGAAGAAGAAAUUUACGGUGAAAACCCGUUUGAAGGAAGUGAGCAAUUGCCUGACGACAUCGAAGGAGCUCGUGAGAGUUCUAACCCACGUUUGGGGAUCCCACGAUGAGAAGCAGCCAUCAUCGGCGUCAUCUCUGAUGGCGGCUCUGAAAUCGGAGCUGGACCGGGCCAAGACCCGAGUGGAGCAUUUGAUGAGAGACGAGCAGAGGUUGUUCCACGGCGACGAAAUUGAGGCUCUGAGGAAGCGGUUUGCGGAGGAGAAAGCUGCGUGGAAGUACAAGGAGAGAGCGAGAGUUGGGAGUGCGAUUAGUUCAAUGGCGGAGGAAGUGGCGGUGGAGAGGAAGCUGAGGAGGCAAGCAGAGAGGCUGAACAAGAGGAUCGGGAAAGAGCUUGGGGAGGCCAGAGUUGCGGUGGCGAAGGCGAUGAAGGAUGUGGACAGGGAAAAGCGAGCGAAGGAGAUAUUGGAGGAGAUUUGCGAGGAGUUGGCCAAAGGGAUUGGAGAGGACAGAGCGGAAUUCGAGGAGCUGAGGAAGGAGUCGGAAAAAGUUAGAGAGGAAGUGGAGAAAGAGAGGGAGAUGCUUCAAUUGGCCGACGUUUUACGCGAGGAGAGAGUUCAGAUGAAGCUGUCGGAGGCGAAGUACCAAUUUGAAGAGAAAAACGCUGCGGUGGAGCGCCUCAAGGACCAGCUCGAGGCCUAUUUCGUUGAAAACAGAGAUCAUUCUCAAGAUUCGUUCAAUAACAAACUCGACAAAAUCAAGGAGCUGGAGGCGUAUUUGAAGAAGAUUAAUUUCGGGUCGUACAACAAGAACAAGGAAGAAGAGGAUUGUAAUUGGGAUGAGGAGAGCGAUCUGCACUCGAUUGAGCUCAACAUGGACAACAACAACAAGAGCUACAGGUGGAGUUUCGUGCAUGGCUCACACAACGCCUCCAAAAGGAACUCAUUCGAGAAGGAAAGGAAGUCGCUUUCGGAGAAAAUCCAGUGGGGGAGCAUUUGCUUCAACAGUAGUAGUAAAAAUGGAGAAUUUGAGGGGGACGGGGAGCGGGACGGUGAAAUUCAAAUUACCCACAAGCAGAAAUCUGGUGGUGUGAGGUGCCUUCGGGACAUUCUAUUUCCAGUUUCAGGAGUCGAAGAAAAUAAAGUGGAGAAGACAGAGGAUGCCAUGCCUCUCCAAAUUGAUGAACCUUGUUCGGUGGUGGUGAUGAAGGGAUGAACAAACAAAAACUAUUCUUCUUAAUUUAUUGUUCUUGGAUUGGGAACUACUUUGCUUUAAGAAUUUUUCUUCCCAACGGCUGAUUUUGGCUAAGAAUGUAAAUAGAGUUAGUUGUAUACAGCCAGAAUGCGGGCGUCCAAUAUAUUAUCUAUACCAUUACAUCUUAAUUUCCCUUUUUU